AUGCCGCAGCCAUUGCCUAGCAAAGAGCAGACACUCUUCCGCUCUCUUGUCAAACACUAUGAGGGCAAGCAAUACAAAAAGGGCCUCAAGGCAGCGGAACAGAUUCUGCGCAAACACCCCAACCAUGGCGACACGCAAGCCAUGAAAGCCCUCAUCCUCAACUCGCAGAACCAGGGAGACGAAGCCUUCACUCUCUGCAAGCUCGCACUCAAAAACGACAUGAAGUCGCACAUUUGCUGGCACGUCUACGGGUUGCUCUGGCGCUCCGUCAAGAAUUACGAGGAGGCUAUCAAGGCAUACAAGUUCGCUCUACGGAUAGAACCCAACUCGCUGAACAUCCUUCGCGACCUCGCUCUACUCCAAUGCCAGAUCCGGGACUACGAGGGGUACAUUGAGAGCAGACGGAAGAUGAUGCAGGAGCGGCCACAAUUGCGGCAAAAUUGGACCGCUCUGGCAGUGGCAUAUCAUCUCGCAGGAAACUUCGCCGAGGCAGAGAACAUUCUCAAGACGUACGAAGAAACACUGAAGCAGACCCCACCCAAGACCGACCUCGAGCAUUCCGAAGCCACCCUCUACAAGAACACGAUAAUAGCCGAGUCUGGGGAUACAGAGCGUGCGCUAAAGCAUCUAGACGAAGUCGUGAGGAACAGCUUGGAUCGUACCGCGGCGUUGGAGCUGAGAGCCAAAUACCUGUUGAAACUUGGGAGGAGUCAAGAGGCUGAGAAAGCGUACCGAACGCUUCUGGACAGGAAUAGCGAGUACCGCGCCUAUUUCGACGAGCUAGAGAAGACGCUUGGCUUGAGUCGGUCCAAUGCCGCAGAUAUCGAGAAGCUGAAGGAGCUAUACGAGUCGUAUGCGAACAAGAACGAACGCAACGAUGCCGCCAGACGGAUACCUUUGGACUUCCUGAAAGGUGAUGCUUUCAAGACCGCAGUGGACCAGUACCUGCGACGGAAGCUGAACAAGGGCGUCCCCUCGACCUUCCCGAAUAUCAAGUCGCUGUAUCGCGACCCUGAGAAAAAGGCGGUCAUCGAAGAGCUCGUACUCGGAUAUGCCUCAGACAAGCAGACGAACGGCUCUGCGCAAGGCGAAGUAAAUGGUGACACCUCAGACCGUUUCGAGCAAUCCGUGCUGUACUUCCUAGCGCAACACUACAACUACGUACGAAGUCGCGAUCUCAAGAAGGCCAACGAGUACAUCGACCGGCUACUUGAGAAGGAUCCAAAGUCGGUCGACUAUAACCAGACCAAGGCAAGGAUAUACAAGCAUGCUGGUGACGUCCAAAAGGCUUCUGAAACGAUUAACCACGCGCGAGAGCUCGAUGAGAGGGAUCGUUACAUCAACACCAAGUGCGCCAAGUAUCAGCUCCGCAAUAACGAGAAUGAGAAUGCGUUGAACACGAUGAGCAAAUUCACCCGUAACGAGACAGUAGGUGGGCCUCUUGGCGACCUGCAUGACAUGCAAUGCAUGUGGUACUUGAUUGAGGAUGGCGAGGCCUAUGUGCGACAACAGAAGUGGGGCCUUGCUCUCAAGCGGUUCACCGCGAUCGCCGAUAUUUUCGACGUAUGGCAUGAGGAUCAAUUCGACUUCCACAGCUUUUCAUUACGAAAAGGUCAGAUCCGUGCAUACAUCGACAUGGUUCGGUGGGAAGACCACCUCCGCGACCACCCAUUCUUCACGCGGGCAGCGGUUCAGGCAGUGAAGAUUUACUUGAAGCUAGCGGACAAUCCGCGAUUAUCAAACGCAGAUCAGACUGAUCUGGAUAAGCUGGAUCCUGUCGAACGGAAGAAGGCAGAAAAGAAGGCGAAGAAGGAGAGAGAAAAGGCUGAAAAAGCUGAGGCUGAGAAGAAAGCGGCCGCUGCAGCGAAAGCUACCGCAAAGGGUGAUGAUGGAGAGACUAAGAAAGAAGACACCGAUCCGAGCGGCGAGAAGCUGUUGCAGACUAAGGAGCCUUUAGAAGCUGCACUGAGGUUCUUACGGCCCAUGCUAGAGCUGAGUCCACUCAAUCUUGAGGCUCAGAUUGUGGGCUUCGAGGUCCAUCUCAAGAGAGAGAAGUACCUACUCGCUUUGAAGUGCCUCCAAUCCGCACAAGAGAUUGAACCUGAGAAUCCGAAGCUGCACGAGCAGAGUGUGCGCUUCCGUCAAGCUAUUAGCAAACUCUCCGAACCCCUUCCCUCUCAAGUCUCCCAAGUCAUCAAAGAGUCGUUCACUACACCGUCCACAGACGCCGACCUCGAAGCCUUCAACAACGACUUCCUUGAGAAACACUCCCAGAGUGCAUCACAUCUUCAAUCCGCAUAUAAUGUGCGGUACCUUCUCGAUAACAGCUCGAAGAGCCAGAACGAAGAGGACCUGAAGAAGAUACUAGAUCUAUCGGAUGUCACAAUUGAGCAGGCGGAAGCCGGGUUGGCACUUUUGAGUGAGUGGAAGAGUGAUGAGGAGGUUAAAGACGAUUAUCGGGCGAAGGCCGCAAGCCGGUGGAGUGGGGCGACUGUGUUUAAGAAGUGA